AUGUUAAGGCUAAUCAACUAUUGCAGUAACGUGUAUGAUCGUUAUGAGGUGUUGCCUGUGGUGCUUGUCUUUGUGGUAGAGAAAUUUGCCAAUGUCAGAUUUGAGAAAAGUUUUGUUGAGAAAGCAAAUACCCCUUAUAUUCUGGAAACUCAGUGUCAACAUUGGGCGAAGUCAACCAAUUUCGUCUCAGUUAAGUCAAUUAAAAAUCACAUUCAAGACUCCAUGGCUCCAUUUGUAGCACUUGCCUAUUUUACCUCGUCACAAGCACAAAACUUGGAAUCGCUUACGUUUGCUGCUAAUUCGACGGUACGCUUUCUAUGGUCUAUAUGUAAAAAAUACAUGGUGAAAAAAAAUCAAAAUGAACUCUAUCAGGUUCUUGAUCACGCUACAAACGAAGCACAGAAGAUAAUCGAUCUACAAGAUGAAGAUCCUAUUCUGAUGCUGGAAAAAAGCAAAAACUUUGUCAAAGAGUUCCUAGGAAUCAUUGAAGGCCAGAAAAGAAAGUUAAAUGAAGAAUAUGAAUUAGAUCUGCAAGCCUUACAGGCAGAACAGAAAAAAUACACAACAGAAGACUUUCUUUUUGUCGAAAGCAUGUCAGAACCAAACAAGUCAAAAAACUGGAAAGAUAUUUUUAAUGCAGGAAAAGCCAAAGGGCUAUUUAACUCUUAUACCUCAGCAAACUCUUUAAAAAGUUCCUAUCACCAUGCCGUUAAACGUGCCAAAAAAUAA